CCACCCCGUAAAUGGGGCUGUGCGUGUCCCCUGCGCUUCAAGGGACCCCCUGUAAGCAGGCGGGUAUCUGGCCCCAGCCUUUCAGAGGCGUGGGGCCAGGAUGCAUGGGGCUGAGCGUGUGCCCUCCCUGUCCUCGGGGCUGGGGCCCCAGCCCCCCAGUUCUUCACCACGAAGCUCCACUGCCUGGCUGUUGAGUCUCGUUCCUGUUACAGCCGGGGAAGGGUGAGCUCUGUGUCUCCCUGGGUGUCCCCCUGCCUGUAAUCAGGCCCCAGGUCUGGGAGCCUUUGUGCUUCGGUGGCAGCCUGGGUGGGCUGACUGCCCCGUUAGUGGGGUGUGGGUCAGGGUGCCCCUGAAUGGGAGAAAAUAAUCCUCCUUGGGCCAUUGGGACCGUGGCUGCCCUGUAAGUCAGGGCCCGGCCGGUGCCCAGAUUUCCCAGGCACGUUUUAGUCCACGCAGCAGCCCGAGCCCCCUGUAAGCAGGGGUGCAGCCUCUUUGGCCGCUGCUUUGCAUGCCCAGCGCCAUUUGCCCGGAGUGCCCGCCUCCGAGCCCAGCUCCAGCACCGGCUGGAACUCCGCAGGCGGCAGUGUUAGCGCUCGUGGGAGCACCGGAGCACCAAUUUGUAGGUGGUGGAGAAGAAGAAAGAGGAGGCAUCCGUCGUGUGGAAGAAACUCGGAGGCAAGAGCGAAAGAGAGGAAGAGUGUUAGCAGGCUUACAAAGGAGCAGGAGAAGGGUGCUCCUGUGAAGUUCUCCAGUGUUGGAGGGACCAUGUAUGGGGAGAAAACCCGAGACGACCUCACACCGAUGCGAUGAAAGUCAUUCUCCUUUAUUUACCCGAAUAUCGCCAAGAUAUACAGAGCCACACGGUCACGCACUCUGUGCUUUACAAUCUAUUGGCUAAAGGCACUUAUCCCGCACCCGGAAGUGCUGUGAUAGGUUUGCAUCGUUAGUACGUGUAUACAAACUAAAUCUACUUUUCGGUUAGUGUAUCCAGGCAUUCAAACAGGAAGGAAGCACUCGCUUGACUUCCUCAUUCCUGCCCUUCCAGGUGACCUCAAGGGCAGGAUUAUCACGUGGCAGUUUUCUGCUCUGAGACCCAGCCUGGAUUGUCCAAACCCUGUAGGAUCAGUGCGUGUCCCUGAUCCCCAAUAAAUCUUACCACACUCCAGAUUUUUAGAAACUGCUCUGAUCCUUUGUUAAGAUGAUCCUGCUUUCCAAAGUUGCCUCAAAACUACUUUUUGUACCUUGAUGUUGCUGCACCAGCUGUGGGGAUUGAAAGGGCUCUGCAGGCACCCAAAGUGUCUUUUGAUGCUGUGUGCAUCGCAGGGGAGAAGUACACGAGAGCAAGGGUUUUGAGGUGUUUUCCCCUGUUGUGAAUGCUUCUUUUCCACCACCUGCACAGGGAAGGAAGCCGCUGAACCAGAGCCCCUAGACGAACACCUUCAUGUUCCUCCUCUCUGCCCCGAAGCAGUUUCUGUCACUGCCCCUUCGCCAACUCUUCAGGGCCGGGGAUUACUCAAUAAAAUGCUUUCUCCAACUCUGUGUUCCUCAUUUAGCUCCUUUCCUGCCCAACGCUACCCGGGCAGGGGCCUUGCCACGGUCGCACAGGUGUGUGAAGGAGAACGGCCGUCGCGGGUGGGCGAGAGAAUCUUCUUCUGGGCCGCGUGUCUCAGGCCGCGCCGUCCCUGCACGGCGCCUGAUCGGCGCUGCCGCCGGCUGCGGGCGCGCUGUCCUCGGGAAGAGCGCGUUGGCGGCCGCCCGCGCACGCGGCGUGGGGGCGAGCGCCCGUGCCCACACCCGGCAUGGCGCCGGCGGCUUCGCGACCGCUCUCGUUUCGUCCGCUGGCGCUAGGGAGCGGGCGCUCGGCUUCCCGUACUCGGCAUGGCCGCCAAGGGGGCCCGGCAGAGGCCGCGGGCCGGAGGCGGCGGGGAGUUGGCCCGGCCGCGGUCAGAGGCCGCGGGCGCGGAGGAGGCCCGCCUGGAGUAGAUCAUCUGGGAGCAAAGCAGGACAAGUUUGGGCCCCUGAAGGAUCAACAGCUUUCAGGUGUCUCAUCUCAGCUAGGUUCUGUGCAGCUCUCUUAAGCAACAUCUCUGAUUGUGAUGAGACGUUUAACUAUUGGGAGCCGACACACUACCUCAUUUAUGGAAAGGGGUUUCAGACAUGGGAAUACUCUCCAGCCUAUGCCAUCCGCUCCUAUGCUUACCUGUGGCUUCAUGCCUUACCAGCCUUGUUCCAUGCUAGAGUUCUACAAACCAACAAGGUCCUUAUCUUCUAUUUCCUCCGAUGCUUCCUGGCCUUCCUGAGCUGCAUUUGUGAACUCUAUUUCUACAAAGCUGUGUGUAAGAAGUUUGGGCUACAUGUGAGUCGUCUGAUGUUGGCCUUCUUAGUACUCAGCACUGGGAUGUUUUGCUCAUCUGCAGCUUUUCUCCCAAGCAGUUUCUGCAUGUACACCACAGUGAUUGCUAUGACUGGCUGGUAUAUGGACAAGACCUCUGUAGCAGUCCUGGGAGUGGCUGCUGGAGCCCUUCUGGGCUGGCCCUUCAGUGCAGCUCUUGGGCUUCCUAUUGCUUUUGAUUUGUUGAUACUGAAGCAGAGGUGGAAAAGUUUCCUAAACUGGUGUGUGGUGUCAUUGAUCCUGUUUUUGGUGCCCUUGGUAGUUGUGGACAGCUAUUACUAUGGGAAGCUGGUAGUUGCACCUCUCAACAUUGUCUUAUACAAUGUCUUCACCUCUCACGGACCUGAUCUAUAUGGUACAGAGCCCUGGUCCUUUUAUUUCAUCAAUGGCUUUCUGAAUUUCAAUGUGGCAUUUAUUCUGGCACUGCUUGUGCUGCCGCUGACUGGUCUCAUGGAGUGUCUGCUUCAGAAAUUUCAUGUUCAGAAUCUGGGCCGUCCCUACUGGCUGACACUAGCUCCUAUGUACAUUUGGAUCAUGAUUUUCUUCAGUCAGCCCCACAAAGAAGAGAGGUUUCUCUUUCCCAUCUAUCCCCUCAUCUGUCUCUGCGGUGCUGUGGCUCUGUCUGCUCUUCAGAAAUGUUACCACUUCAUAUUCCAGCGCUACCGCCUGGAACACUACACAGUCUCCUCCAACUGGCUGGCUCUGGGGACUGUCUUUCUCUUUGGCCUUUUGUCAUUGUCACGCUCUGUUGCCUUAUUCAGAGGCUACCAUGGGCCCCUGGACCUGUACCCAGAAUUUCACAGGAUUGCUACUGACCCAAGUAUUCACACUGUGCCAGAGGGCAGACCGGUUAAUGUCUGCGUGGGAAAGGAGUGGCACAGAUUUCCAAGCAGUUUUCUCCUGCCAGAUAAUUGGCAGCUCCAGUUCAUCCUGUCAGAAUUCAGGGGCCAGUUACCAAAACCGUUUGCCAAGGGACCAAUGGCCACACGGAUCAUUCCCACUGACAUGAAUGACCAAAACAAGGAAGAGCCAUCUCGAUAUGUUGAUAUUUCCAAAUGCCACUAUCUAGUGGACUUGGAUACAGCAGCUGAAACCCCAAGAGAGCCAAGGUAUUCCUCCAACAAAGAAGAGUGGGUAACCAUUGCCUACAAGCCAUUCCUAGAUGCUUCCAGCUCAGCAGAACGACGCAUCUCUCAAAUCCAGAACCUGCUUCCACACAAUGAUUGGGAAAUGUCCCCUGCUACCUAUGAAGUCCUCAAAGCUGCUGCGUGCAUUCUACGUCCCUCUCCUCUCUGAACAGUACACAUGGUAUGCAAACUAUACUAUUCUGAAAUCCCGGAGGUCGAAGCAAACCAGGAAAAAAAUGGGAGGCUAGCAACACACCUGGGCAACAAAACCAAAAGCAUCUGCUGACACUCUUGGACAGCUGCCUAAGCCAUCUUCAGUUCCCUUUUUGAAAGAUUGUGCUUGUAAGAUUCACUAAUAAAGACUUCUCAUGAAGUGAUUUUGCUCUGCAAGCUUCCAGCUGUAAAAAGGGUGCAUCAUCUGCUUUCAGUUCUCGGUGUCAGGUCUCUGCUCUGCCUACACAGAACAUAUUGGUAAGAAACCAUUUGAAAAUCCAGCAGCCACCUACGAAUGUAUUAUUCCUGCUGCUCCCUGUGUUAUUAUCUAUUAUACCAGAAAAGAGAAAAAUGGAAAAUAAGAAGGAAUGACAGUGAGGUUCUGCUCCAGGCUGCAAUCUGGCACUGGGAAGAUCCAGCUCAGCUUCCCUCUUUCUCUCUCCCGUGCUCCCUCUUGCACUGUCCUCAUCUACUUACAUAGUGUUCUCCUUCUCCUAGGACAUUUUUUCAGGUAACAACGUCUGGAAAUACUGUGUUUCUUUUAAAGAAAAAGGAAGGGGAAAAGAGGAAAACAUCUGAGAGACAAUUAACUGAAAUGCACUGAAUCUCAAGGAAUGAAGUAUCAUGCACCACAGAGAAACACCCUAAGUUGCUUUGUCCAGAAGACUCUUUCAAGGAUAAACCUGUGCUUUUGGGAGAAAAAAACCCAAACUUGGGAGUUGAGCCAAUUAUCUGUUUUUAUGGGGUCAGUGGUGUUAUCUGUGAAACCAAGGGUUUGUUUGCUAUUUAUAAUAGGUUUUUUUAAGACACCUGUAGCAUCCUGUGAAUUCUAGACUACAUCUUAAAAUUUCUGUAAACAUCCAGAGAGGAGAAGAAGGAUUAAUUAUUUUAUUUGCAGUUCUGUUUCCCAGAAUAGACGGUAUGUCAUCCAUUGGUCCAAUAUACUUCAGAGCAGCGCUGUAUUUACUAUAUCUCAAUUUUUAAAACAUGCAGUAUCACAAGCUAGAUGAAGGGAGUUGUUUUCACUGACAUUCUUGGAACAUUGUGGGGAUAGGAUGGCAUGAGAUAGAGCAGAGAGGAAGCUGCUUUUGCAAAAAGGCUGCACAAACUCCAAGCCCCACUGUGACUGUGAUUAGGUUGGUCUGUGUGUGCAGUGACAGAGUGCCAGAGCAGGUGGAUCAGGAAGCAGAUUGGUAUGUUUAGAACCUGUUGGGAACCAAACAGAAGAGCAGAUGCCUCUGAGGAUAUAUGUGUUGGUCCAGGUGCAGAAUGCAGUGCUAGGUAGGUCUCUUGGCCAGUCUGCAGGUUAACAGCUGAACAGGAUGAGAAGGGCAGCCUGUACCAAUGGGGCUGUGAUCUAACAUGAUACUGCUGGCACAAAGCAGGAGGAACUGAAUGAGGAGCGAGGCAUGGGCUGAAUCAUAAGAGCAACUUUAGAAACAUAGGGAAAGGUGUUCUGAAUCCCCUGCAUUUCAUUAAGGAGGAGUUUUUUUAACAACAUUGUGCUUUAUUGAAAGCACAACUUAUAAAGUGCAAAACACAGUAAGAGCAAACAGUGCUCUGCUCUGUUGUCUGGAUGAUUACAGCAUGGAGAAUGCAGUUCUCUUCCAUUGCAUCCCCACUGUAUGGAGGAGCACUUUGAAGCUGAGACUCUAAAUUCAAACUUUGAAGGCUUAGGGGGCCGUCUGUGGUGUCUAUGUCUUGGCUUUCUUCAGGUAUGGAUUUCAUCUAGUGCAAGUAUCACCUUUCAUAAGGUCAAAUGUGAAGCUUCAAGAUUUUCAAACAAGCAACUGGUGUCUUAGGUGAGUUGGUCUGGAAGGUCAGAGUCACAUUGCAGAUCAAUGUUGUAGUGUCUGAACCACCAUUGUUGUGUCUGUGUUCAUAGUGUUCCCCUACCUCCCUUCAGCCAGCUCUAACCCUCAGAAAAGUUUACAUGUGUUGAACAGGGCUCUACAGACCCAGUAAAUGAAAACCAAAACUCUUGCCCAUCUUGUUGCCUCUCCCCUUGCUAAUUCCUGACCUUAAAUCAAACAAAGAAACAAAUUCAGUUAAUGAACGAAUUGCACCUCUUUCUGGUGCUGUUUGUAUGAUUGUUCCAUGUUGUCAUAGCCCUUAACCUUGUGUUUAAUGUGAAAAGACAGUACAGUAAAUAUUUGUUUUAAAUGAC